AGGGUUUUUGCGCAAUCAGAUCCCCAAGAGGCUGUAUUUAAUGACGUAGCUCCACUUCUAACAUCACUUCUAGAUGGCUAUAAUGUCUGCAUUAUGGCGUAUGGACAAACUGGUUCUGGUAAAACCCAUACCAUGCUAGGAGGGCAUGCUUCAUUUGAUAAUAAUGAUUGGAUUGAUAUUGAGCUUCCACAUGCACAAGAAGACAAUUAUAAAAUUGUAAAAUGUUUUCAAAUUGAUCUAGGCAUGUCGGGAGUAACAGGAAGUGCAUUACGAGAAACUCGUCAUAUUAACAGAAGUUUAUCUGCAUUAGCCGAUGUAUUAGGUGCUCUAGCUGAAAACCGCACUCAUGUACCCUAUCGAAAUAGUAAACUAACGCAGAUGUUGCAAGAUUCCAUAGGUGGCGAUGCAAAGUUGCUAGUAUUUCUUUGUGUAUCACCCAUGAAGAGGCAUUUAACUGAAUCAAUGCAGUGCUUAGGAUUUGGAUCUCGAGCUAGACAGAUCCAAAGAGGUGCAGUUAAACAACGU